AUGAGAAAACGUUACAGAAGAGAUCAUCAAGUACGUGGUCUACCAUCCCUAGAAGAACUCCUUGUUCAUGUGGACGACCAGGGAGAUGGUCCACAUGAAUAUGCGUUAGUAAAAGAAAGCAGACAACCAGGAUCUGCUCCAGAAAAAACAAAGAGGUCAAGAAAACAGGGCGUUGGUCGCCGUGUUGGUCAACGUAUCAUUAUUGAUAUCCAUUUAGAAGUCUUAGAUGAAUGUCAAAAGGGCAAUCUGCAUUCGACGAAGGAAGACUUUUUUGAAAUUUUGGUUCACGAAUUUAUGGGAUGCCAAUUUACGAAAGAAGACUUUGUUCCUAUGGAACAUGUUCGAAGUUCAGAUUCCGGGUUUAGGGAGGACGACUCUGUUCCUAAGGAAUGUAUUCCUAAUGGAAAUGUACGUAUGGAGGGUGUUCCUGAGGAAGGAUGUUCCUAA